GGAGUGCAGUGGUAUGAUCUUGGCUCACUGCAACCUCCAUCUCCCAGGUUCAAGCGAUUCUCCUGCCUCAGCCUCCUGAAUAGCUGGGAUUACAGGCACGUGCCGCUGUGCCCAGCUAAUUUUUGUAUUUUUAGUAGAGACGGGGUUUCACCAUGUUGGUCAGGCUGGUCUCGAACUCCUAACCACAUGAUCCGCCUGCGUUGGCCUCCCAAAGUGCUAGGAUUACAGGCGUGAGCCACUGCUCCUGGCCAACAUCUGUUGUUUUUUGACUUUUUAAUCAUAGCCAUUCUGACUGGUGUGAGAUGGUAUCUCCUUGUGGUUUGAAUUUGCAUUUCGCUGUUGAUGAAUGAUGUUAAGCAUUGUUUCAUAUGUUUGUUGGCUGCUUGUGUGUCCCACUUUUUAAUGGGGUUGUGUUUUUUUUUCUUGUUGAGUUCCUUGUAGAUUCUAGAUAUUAGUCCUUUGUCAGAUGCAUGGUUUGCAAAUAUUUUCUCCUGUUGUCUGUUUACUGUGUUGAAAAUUUCUUUUGCAGUGCAGAAGCUUCUUAAUUUAAGUCCCAGUUCUUUAUCUUUGCUUUUGUUGCAUUUGCUUUUGAGGUCUUAGUCAUAAAUUCUUUGCCUGGGCCAAUGUCCAGAAGAGUUUUUCCUAGGUUUUCUUCCAGGUUUCUUAUAGUUUCAGGUCUCAUGCUUAGGUCUUAAUGUAAUACAUCUUGAGUUAAUUUUUGUAGAUGGUAAAAGAUAGGGGUCCUGGCCGGGCGCGGUGGCUCAUGCCUAUAAUCCCAGCACUUUGGGAGGCUGAGGUGAGGUCAGGAGAUCGAGACCAUCCUGGCCAACAUGGUGAAACCCUGUCUCUACUAAAAAAUACAAAAAAUUAGCUGGGUGUGGUGGCACGUGCCUGUAAUCCCAGCUACUCAGGAGGCUGAGGCAGGAGAAAUUGCUUGAACCAGGGAGUGGGAGGUUGCAGUGAGCUGCGAUCACGCCACUGCACUUCAGCCUGGUCAACAGAGCAAGACUCCAUCAAAAAAAAUAUAUAUAUAUAUAGGGGUCCGGUAUCAUUCUUCUACAUGUUGUCUAUCCAAGUUUUCCUGCACCAUUUAUUGAACAGGAUGUCCUUUCCCCAUGUAUAUUUUUGUUAACUUUGUCAAAGACCAGUUGAUUGUGGGUAAGUGGUUUUACUUAUGGAUUAGCUAUUCUGUUCCGUUGAUCUGUGUGUCUAUUUUUGUACCAGUACCAUGCUACUUUGUUUACUGUAGCCUUUUAGUAUAAUUUGAAGUCACAUACUGUGAUGCCUCCAGCUUUGUUUUUUUUGCUUAGGAUUGCUUUGAUUAUUCAGGCUCUUUUUUGGUUCCCUAGGAAUUUUAGGAUUGUUGUUUCUAAUUCUGUGAAAAAUGACAUUGGUAAUUUGAUAGGAAUUGUGUUGAAUCUGUAGAUUGCUUUGAACAGUAUGGCCAUUUUAAUGAUAUUGAUUCUUCAAAUCCAUGAGCACAGGAUGUUUUUUCAUUUGUUUGUGUCAUCUACCAUUUCUUUCAUCAGUGUUUUGUAAUUCUCCUUAUAGAGAUCUUUCACAUCUUUGGUUAAAUGUAUUCCUAGGUAAUUUUGUGUGGCUAUUGUAAAUGGGAUUGCAUUUUGUAAAUGGGAAUGCUAUUGUAAAUGGGAUUUGCCUUGGUUUGGUUCUCAGCUUGAACGUUAAAAGUAUAUUGAAAUAUUACUGAUUCUUUUACAUUAAUUUUUUUCUUAUUUUUCAAAUAUAUGUAUGUGUGUAUAUAUAUGUUUAUGUGUGUGUGUAUAUAUGUAUAUGUGUAUUUUUUUAAGCAGAGACAAGGUGUCAUCAUGUUGCCCAAGCUGGUCUUGAACUCCCAGGCUCAAGCUAUCCUCCCACCUCAGCCUCCCAAAAUGCUGGGAUUAUAGGCAUGAGACACUGUACACUAAUUUGUGUCUUGAAACUUUUACUGAAGUCAUUUAUCGAAUCUUUGGGGUUUUCUAGGUAUAAGAUCAUGUCAUCAGCAAACAGAGAUCAUUUGACUUACUCUUUUCCAGUGUGAAUAUCCUUUAUUUCUUUCUCUUGCCUGAUUGCUGUGGCCAGGACUUCUGGUACUAUGUUGAAUAGUAGUGGUGAGAGUGUGCAUCCUUGUCUUGUUCUAGUUCUUAGGGGAAUGCUUUCAACUUUUCCCCAUUCGAUAUGAUGUUGGCUGUGGGUUUGUCAUAUAUGGCUUUUAUUAUUUUGAGGUAUAUUCCUUUGAUGCCUGGUUUGUUGAGGGUUUUUUGGUUUUGUUUUUGUUUUUGAAGACAGGGUCUUACUCUGUCGCCCAGGCUUCAGUGCAGUGGUGUGAUCUUGGCUCACUGCAACCUCUGCCUCCCAGGCUCAAGCGAUCCUCCCACCUCAGCCUCCCAAGUAGUUGGGACUACAGGCACAAGCCACCACACCCAGCUAAUUUUUGUAUUUUUUGUAGAGACAGGGCCUCAUCAUGUUGCCCUAGCUGGUCUCAAACUCCUGGCCUCACGUGAUCUGCCUGCCUCGGCCUCCCAAAGUGCUGGGAUUACAGACAUGAGCCACCGUGCCUGGCUCCACUGCGCCCCAGCUUCUACCCGUGGUUUCUCUGACAGGUUCCAGCACUCUUCCCUCAGCCUUCCCCUCCAGCCACGGUCAUUCUCACCUGUAACUUUGGUUCUUUCUGCAGACAACGGGCUCUGCCAUCUCUAGUCGUCCAUCUUGGGGAAAAACCCAUCUGCUUCUCCUGACUGUGGGGUUUCUUCCAAGCUUAUGCUUGGGGAAUGAAGAACCUAUUUCUUAAAGUGCUUUUAAAUCACUCCUGAAAGGUCUGACUCUUAAUGAAGGAGUUUUGAAAUGUUAGAUUCCUGCCAUGCUUGGGCCGUGAAUGGCUGCCUCAUCUCACAGGACCAUUUCACUGGAACUGCGGCUUUCUCUUUUAAAAAAUUGCUCCUCAGAAUGGCUUCUUUCUUUAUUUCCAUCACUCACAUUUUAAAAUAGAUUUCUCAGGUCAACCUUUGUGAACAGAAAAAGAUGUAUUCCUUCAUGAUUAUUAGCAAAUAAUAAUACAAUCUUACUCUGUUGUUGAAACAUGUGUUUUUCCAUCCUUCUAAAGAAAACAGUCACUGUUUCUCGAGGCAGAGAGCAUGUGUUCUCUGUUAUAGAAAAGGUAAGAAAAGGACUGAGGCUGAAUUUGUUGUUAUUGACACAUGUACACCUCUGCCUUUUGUAAUGUGUGAAUCUGAGAAAUUCUAAAAGUGCUUUUUGAUUCAAGAAUGCCACACCUUACUGUGCUCUGUCUGUGUGAAGAAUAGUUUGUAUGUCUCCUUACAGACUCUGUAAGCCCCUAGGUGGCUGAGACUGCUGGAUUUCUUCUGCUGACCCUAGUGCAUCUCAUUACAGGUCUUCAACCUAAAAUUCUAUCUUACAAGAUCCUUGCCAGGAUUUAAGGAUCUUGAAUACCAUAGUGAAGUCUGUACAUGAAGAAGUGAUGCUUUUAGGGAGGAAAAAAAAGGUAAUACCAACCUUCAAGAGCCCCUACAUCUCAGCUCGGCAUAAACAAGGCAAGAUUCUGAGAGUGGCCGCCUCUGGAAGCAGAAAUUAUUCUUGUGGCUAUCCAUUGGCUCCUGAGGCUCUAAUCAGAGAUGGGGCCCCUUUAAUACCAGGGAGUGGCUAUUGCCCAUAAAGUACUGGACAUCAACUUUCAAGAGCAGCCCCAGCUCCUGAAGCUGCUGGUCCUGGUGCAUCUCCUGACUUUAAUGUAGAAGAUAGCAGAGCUUUGGCGACGUUGCAACAUAAGAAUUGCAGAGAGGUGUAAUCCCAGUAGAAGACUGAAUCAAGAGACUCAAAAAGGAAGUUAUGGCUUCUCAGAAUGCUGUUUUUUCUCAGGAGGGGAACAUGGAGGAGAAAGAAAUGAAUGAUGGCUCACAGAUGGUGAGAUCUCAGAUGUGGAGGUCUGUGUGCUCGCCAUUGGAUCUCGGCAAGGCUAUGACUGGAGGAUGCAAAGCUUUGUGACUUUCAAGGCAGAUCAUAAAUGGCAGUAAGACUUCUACCUCAUUCUGUUGGGAUGCUUACUCUAAACCCGGCCACCUUGUCAGGAGGAAACCCAGACAGCCCAUGGAGAAGCCCACAUGGAGAGGAGCCAAGGCCCACAGCCCUAGCCGAGCUCCCAGCUGAAAGCCAGCACCAAUUUGCCAGCCUUGAAUCACUGACGUUUCAGGAUGUGGCCGUGGACUUCACCAGAGAGGAGUGGGACCAGCUGUACCCUGCCCAGAAGAACCUCUAUCGAGACGUGAUGCUGGAGAACUACAGGAAUCUAGUUGCACUGGGGUAUCAGCUUUAUAAGCCAGAGGUAAUCGCGCAGUUGGAGCUAGAGGAAGAAUGGGUGAUAGAAAGAGACAGCCUGCUGGACACUCAUCUGGAUGGAGAAAACAGACCCGAAAUCAAAAAGUCAACCACAAGCCAGAAUAUUUCUGAUGAAAAUCAAACCCAUGAGAUGAUAAUGGAGAGACUCGCAGGAGACAGCUUCUGGUACUCCAUCCUAGGAGGACUCUGGGAUUUUGAUUACCAUCCAGAGUUUAACCAAGAAAACCACAAGAGAUAUUUAGGACAAGUAACUUUGACCCACAAAAAGAUCACACAGGAGAGAAGCCUUGAGUGUAAUAAAUUUGCAGAAAACUGUAAUCUGAACUCAAACCUUAUGCAGCAGAGAAUUCCUUCCAUUAAAAUACCUCUGAAUUCUGACAUACAGGGAAACAGCAUCAAACAUAAUUCAGACUUGAUUUACUAUCAGGGAAAUUAUGUAAGAGAGACUCCUUAUAAAUAUAGUGAGUGUGGAAAAAUCUUCAAUCAACAUAUUCUUCUUACUGAUCAUAUUCAUACUGCAGAGAAACCCAGUGAGUGUGGGAAGGCCUUCAGCUACACCUCAUCUCUUACCCAGCCUCAGAUGGUGCUUACAGGAGAGAAGCCCUAUAAGUGUGAUGAAUGUGGAAAAAGAUUCAGCCAGAGGAUACAUCUCAUUCAACAUCAGAGAAUCCACACAGGAGAAAAGCCUUUUAUAUGCAAUGGAUGUGGGAAAGCCUUCCGUCAGCAUUCAUCCUUUACUCAGCAUCUGAGGAUUCAUACUGGAGAGAAGCCCUAUAAAUGUAAUCAAUGUGGUAAAGCUUUUAGCCGCAUCACAUCCCUUACUGAACAUCAUAGACUUCAUACCGGAGAGAAACCUUACGAAUGUGGUUUCUGUGGCAAGGCCUUCAGUCAGAGGACACAUCUGAAUCAACAUGAAAGAACUCAUACAGGAGAGAAACCCUAUAAAUGUAAUGAAUGUGGGAAAGCCUUUAGCCAGAGUGCACACCUUAAUCAACAUAGGAAAAUCCAUACUCGGGAGAAAUUAUGUGAAUAUAAAUGUGAGCAAACUGUUCGCCACAGUCCUUCACUUAGCAGCACAUAACUCAUGGUGGGGGAUAUCAGAUAAAUAUAUAAAUGUAGGAGAUUUUUUGGUCAGACCUUUUUAUCCCAUUCAAUAUCAAAUUAUUCAUAGUGGAGAGAAAGCUUUAUACAUAAACUUUUUUUUUUUUUUUUGAGACUGAGUCUCACUCUGUCACCCAGGCUGAAGUACAGUGGUGCAGUCUUGGCUCACUGCAACCUCUGCCUCCUGGGUUCAAGCGAUUCUCCUGCCUCAGCCUCCUUGAGUAGCUGGGACCACAGGUACGCACCACCAUGCCCAGCUAAUUUUUUGUAUUUUUAGUAAAGACGGGGUUUCACCAUGUUGGCCAGGCUGGUCUCGAACUCCUAACCUCAGGUGAUCCACCCACCUCGGCCUCCCAAAGUGCUGGGAUUACAGGCGUGAGCCACUGCACCCGGCCAUAAACUUUCAAUGCGUAGAAACCAAAUUAAUUUAGACUUUAAACUAGCAGGAGGGAUUAUAAAAAGAAAAAAUAAUUUAUUUUACAAAUGAGAUUAUAUUUGGAGUCAUGUUCCAAAUCUGAUAUAAAACUUUUUUAAAAAUCAGAAAUCCUUAUCCAGGCAUGGUGGUGCACACCUGCAAUCCCAACUACUCUGGAGACUGAGGCAUGAGAAUGACUUGAACAUGGGAGGUGGAGGUUGCAGUGAGCUGAGAUCAUGCCACUGCACUCCAGCCUGGGCAACAGAGCAAGACUCUGUCUCAAAAAAAAAAAAAAGAAAGAAAAGAAAGCCUAUAGGCAACAACUUGUAAUUACUCAUCUGUAAGUUUUAUGGUAUAAAACUUUUUUUUUUUUUUUUUAGAGGCAGAGUCUCGCUCUGUCACCCAGGCUGGAGUGCAAUGGCGCGAUCUCGGCUCGCUGCAACCUCCACCUCCCGGGUUCCAGCGAUUCUUCUGCUUCAGCCUCCCGAGUAGCUGGGACUACAGGUGCAUACCACCACGCCCGGCUAACUUUUUUUUGUAUUUUUUAGUAGAGACAGGGUUUCACCAUAUUGACCAGGCUGGUCUCAAACUCCUGACCUUGUGAUCCGCCCACCUUGGCCUCCCAAAGUGCUGGGAUUAUAGGCGUGAGCGACUGCACCUGGCAGUUUAUGGUAUAAAACUUAAAUCAGAAAUUUUGAUUAAUUAAAGACAAUGCUGGCUGGGGGCGGUGGUUCACGCCUAUAAUCCCAGCACUUUGGGAGGCCGAGGUGGGGUGAUCACCUGAGGUCAGGAGUUUGAGACCAGUCUGGCCAACAUGGUAAAACCCCAUCUGUACUAAAAAUACAAAAAUUAGCUGGGUGUGGUGGUGCACGCCUGUAGUCCCAGCAGCUUGGGAGGCUGAGGCAGAAGAAUUGCUUGAACCCGGUAGGCGGAGGUUGCAGUGAGCCAAGAUCAUGCCACUGUACUCCAGCCUGGGCAACAGAGUGAGACUGUCUCAAAAAAAAAAAAGUCAAAUUUAAAAAUAAAGGCAAUGCUGUAGUGCAGCCAGUCACAUUAACUUGAAAUAAACAUAAAAGAGCAAUAUUUCACGAACAUCA